GGCCUUCCGAGGGGCGCAGUCUCCUGGAUCCUGCGGAAGCAGCGCAGCGGCUUUUCUUUCUUUCAUUUUUUUUUUUUUUUUUUUUAAAGCAUCCGACCAGUCCAGCAGCCACUGCGCGGUAGAAUAAAUGAUGGCGGGUCCCGAGCAGUCCCAGCAGCAGCAGCAGCAGAAGGUGGAGGAGAAGGCAGAGCACAUAGAUGAUGCUGAGAUGGCUCUGCAAGGCAUCAACAUGCUGCUCAACAACGGAUUCAAAGAGAGCGACGAGCUUUUCAAGAGAUACAGGACGCACAGCCCUUUGAUGAGCUUCGGAGCGAGCUUCGUCAGUUUUCUGAACGCCAUGAUGACAUUCGAGGAGGAGAAGAUGCAGAUGGCCUGUGAUGAUCUGAAGACAACUGAGAAACUCUGUGAGAGCGACAGCGCUGGAGUGUUAGAGACGAUCCGAAACAAGAUCAAGAAGAGUAUGGACUCCCAGAUGUCGGGCGUUGCUGUGGUGGACCGCCUACAGAGACAGAUCAUUGUUGCUGACUGCCAAGUGUAUCUAGCAGUUCUGUCAUUCGUCAAACAGGAACUCUCAGCUUAUAUAAAAGGAGGCUGGAUUCUCCGUAAGGCAUGGAAAAUGUACAACAAAUGCCACAGUGACAUCAGUCAGCUGCAGGAGAGCUGCCAGCAGGGGGCCUCUGGCAGCCAGGAGUCGCUCUCAGCCGACAACGCCAACCACAACGUGGAGAACGGUGUGACGGCCGAGGCCCUGGACCGGCUCAAGGGCUCCGUCAGCUUCGGCUACGGCCUCUUCCACCUGUGCAUCUCCAUGGUGCCGCCACACCUGCUCAAGAUCAUCAACCUGCUGGGUUUCCCUGGAGACCGUCUCCAGGGCUUGUCCUCCCUCAUGUAUGCGAGCGAGAGUAAGGACAUGAAGGCGCCGCUGGCUACGUUGGCCCUCUUGUGGUACCACACGGUGGUGCUGCCUUUCUUUGCCCUGGAGGGUUCUGACACACACGCCGGGCUGCUAGAGGCCAAAGCCAUCCUGCAGAGAAAGUCUGUGGUUUAUCCAAACUCUUCCCUCUUCAUGUUCUUCAAGGGACGAGUUCAAAGACUGGAGUGCCAUAUCAACAGUGCUUUGGCCUGUUUCCAUGAUGCAUUAGAACUUGCAUCAGACCAAAGAGAGAUCCAGCAUGUGUGUCUCUAUGAAAUUGGUUGGUGCAGCAUGAUAGAGCUGAAUUUCGAAGAUGCCUUCAGAGCAUUUGAGCGAUUGAAGAACGAGUCCCGCUGGUCGCAGUGCUACUACGCCUACCUGACCGGAGUGUGUCAAGGUGCUUCAGGGGACCUGGACGGAGCAAACAGAGUUUUCAAAGAUGUCCAGAAGCUGUUCAAGAGGAAAAACAACCAGAUAGAGCAGUUUGCUGUCAAAAGGGCGGACAGGCUGAGAAAGGUCUCGCCCACCAGGCAGCUGUGCAUCCUCGGGGUGAUCGAGGUUCUCUAUCUGUGGAAAGCGCUGCAGAACUGCUCCUCGACCAAACUGCAGAUAAUGAAUCAAGUGCUGCAGAGUGUAGACGAGCCUUCAUGCAGAGGCCUGAAACACCUCCUCCUCGGUUCCAUCCUGAAAUGCCAAGGAAACAUCAGAGAUGCUGUUCAGUCAUUCCAGCAAGCCAUCAGGGACGAGUACGGACGACAGAUCAACUCCUACAUCCAGCCGUAUGCCGUCUAUGAGCUUGGAUGCAUACUCCUCGCAAAACCAGAGACAGUGGCAAAGGGGAGAUCAUUCCUACUUCAAGCCAAGGAGGAUUUCACAGGCUACGACUUCGAAAACCGGCUUCACGUCCGCAUCCACUCGGCGCUGGCCUCGAUGAAGGAGGUGGUGCCGCAGUGACUCCUCCACCAGGGGAGAAACUUCGCACAAAGUCUCAAUAGCACUCCCUGUGCUUCUCAUUUCAAACGAACUGAAGGCACAAUUGGCAAAAACGGUUAUCGCUGAUAAAAAUUUUUUAAAAAAAGUCUGAUGAUGAAGUGCCAUCUAUGUGCAUUUUGUAAAGCGGCGGACGGACGGUCGCGCUCGUGAUGGCACGCGGGUAGUUCUGGCUCACGUGAAAUCUCUAAAGUUUUAUUGGUGCGCAGUUGGGUCAUGUCCACCGACAGCCAGAGGGAGAGUGUGGGAAAAGGCCUCAGAUAUAUCGUGAAGUGUGAUGUAAAUAAUACAAUUGUCUAACCAGCGCAAGCUAGCUGUGUAAAGAAGGAGUGGCUAACAGGCACGUUAGCGACGCUAUGCUAGCUACCUCCCCCUUCGCCUUCAGUUUUUCUGCUUAGCCAGUCUAUCGCUCCCCAGGCUUGUUUCUGGACUGAAUGCACAAAGAUUAAUCUGAUACAAAGUUUUAUCCAAUACACUCCUCGAUGUUCCUUUUCAGUGUUUCUUUCACCGUUACGUAUUUGCCGUCCAGUAGCUGUUCUACUCAUUAGCUUGUGCAUUUAAGGGACUUAAAUUCUGCUUCUGCCCUAAUUAAACAGAUUACUUAGUACAGAAUGAUUUGUUAAAAACACUUGAUCUUUUUCAAGUGUGAUUUUUUUGCGGGGAGGAUUUUAUGAAGUAGACAACUUUUUAGACAAAAAAAAGUCUGAACUGGCAGGUCAGGCUUUUUAAAUAUCAGUGAUCGGCUAACAAGCUGCAAUUGGUGCACCCCUAUAGAUGAGAAUGAAGAAAGGGAAUGAGGAGCGGACCUAAAGUGGAGUGAUCCAGUUUAUCAGACUUGGGCUUUGAGGUUUAGCCUUGCCCUGAACAAAGUUACCACAUGACCUCCAUUUCCUGUAAAUGACAUCAAUACACUGCAAUUCUCUGGUGUAUCUAACAAAACGUCGAGCACUCUACCUGUGCACUAUGCAUAGCAUGGCUGGGUGACGGUGGCUUUAUAUACUGAAGUCCAGCAUGGUUUUUUCCCCUGCAAAUACAUAAACUUACUCUUACAUAACACACUUAGUACUGUAAAGCUGCCUAAUGAAAGGUGCUGUUAAAUGUCAGCCUGAUCCUGUGUUACUGCAGACGCAUCUUAUUAUCGUUUUAGUGGUAGAAGCCUUCGACUUACUUCACAAUACCAACCAGCUUAAUAGCAAAAAAAAAAAAAAAAAGAAAAAGGUGUUUUUGUAACGUUGCUCCAGCUUUGUUAGAGUUUGAGUGGCUCAUUCAAGCCUCUUGUGUCGGACAAAACAACAUCCACGAGUAAUUUUCUCAAACUUUCUAAACCGUUUACAUGAGAAUUUUCCAGUGCAGAGUAUUACAUGAACAAGCACUCCGGUUUAUUGUCAAGCAAUAUUAACUCAUAACAGGCAUCAUUUAGUUGGAACUUCUCACUUCAUGUUUAAAGUUGUGAACUUACAGAUUUUUGUUAUUUAUUUUUAUUUUUUUCAAAUCACCGUGAUCUCUUAAGACAAGGCUCGUCAUCCCUCGUGGCUGUGAUGGAUGUAAAGUGUAAUAAAAAUGGAGGAGGCUGCUGUGCUAGCAGUCUGUUCUCUGAAAAAAAAAAAAAAAAAGAAUUUUCACAUUAAGGUGAACUGUCAAUAAAGUGUAAUCUACCCAUUGUACCAGAUACCUCUGUCACCAGAAUAUUUUCUCUCUGUCAUUGUUGAAACUGAGGCUAAAAGUUAAAUGUCACUAAACUGAACUAAACUGAAAAAAUAAACAGUUCUCCAUCAAUAUA